CACAAUCAUUCUUUGCCAUCAACUAACUCUCCUCCGAUCCUUAAUCGAGUCAAGUAAUUCGCUAUCUGAAAUUUUUCCACCGUCGAAGCCUGGCGAGUACGGCAGCAGCCCAGACAUAUAGUGACAAAAAAAUGACGGGGAGCUCUAAGCGUUUGUUUACAACUAUGUUACUCUUGCUUAUGGUUCUCUUUGCCACUGAAAUGGAGCCGGCGAAGGCAUGGACAAUGAUAAAAGAGAUGGAGCGGGUGCAGGCAAGGACUUGCCAGUCGGAGAGCCCUCAGUUCAUGGGUGUGUGUACGACAAAUAGCUAUUGUGCUUCUAUUUGCAAUACUGAGGGCUUCCUUGAUGGAAAAUGCCAAUUCUUUCGAUGCCGUUGUUCGCGACAGUACUGUUAAAAUAAAAUAUCUAUCUAUCAAUCUAUAUUUAUAUAUAUCGAAUAAAGUGCAACAUGAAGGCUACUGUAUUAAGUAUUGUUACUAUUGAAUCUUAUGAAGAUCCUAAAGGAAUUAAGCUAAGAAGAAA